CACGAUGCAGACUUGCCAGCCAGUAACAUUUCGUGUGCUAUGUACGCAGCAAUUUGGAUCUGGCAACCGUGGGCGAGAGUGGCCUCAGUCACCCGUGUGGAGCAACACUGGUAAAUAAUGGAGGAGCAUCAAGUGGUUCCAGAUGUCAUUGAUGCUGCACCUACAGCUUCAGUGUUGGUGAAAUUUGGAGAUUUGGAGAUAAAUAAUGGGACGGUGUUGACACCAACUCAGACCAAGGCCCCACCCACGCACCUGGCAUGGCCAUGUGAAGACGACGCUUUAUACACACUUUGCUUGACAGAUCCGGAUGCUCCAAGUCGUAAAGCACCAAAAUUCCGUGAAUGGCACCAUUGGCUAGUUGUCAAUAUUCCUGGAUGUGAAGUAAAUGAUGGAGAGACACUGAGUCAGUAUGUGGGAUCUGGUCCACCAAAAGGCACAGGACUUCAUCGGUAUGUGUACUUGGUAUACAAGCAGAAUGGCAAGUUGACCUGUGAUGAACCAAGACUGACUAACACCUCGGGAGCUAAUCGCGGUUGUUUCAGUAUCCGCAAGUUUGCUGGAAAAUACAACCUAGAGCUGAUUGCAGGUAAUUUUUACCGAGCGGAAUAUGACUCGUAUUGUGAGGAGCUGUACAAGCAGCUAAAGGGUUGAUGACUUUAAAAAAAAUCUGCAGUGAUAAUACACUACUACUCCAGUGUAUAACUACUUGAAGCUUGACUGUCAUAAAAUUCCUUUUGGUUAUAUUUACAAUUUUGUUUGAUUUUUGUAAAUUAAUCACAAUGUGUCCACCAUAUGAACUUUGCUAUAUGGGUUUUCAAUUGUGUAGUAUUGAAAAAACUAUUGCUUUAUAACAACUGGAUAUUUAUAUAGCAUCUUUAAUUCAUAUUUCUGCUCUUAAGCUAAAUGUUCCCUCUUAUAAGGCAAAUACUUAUGAACAGGCAAAAUAAAAACUGGUUUAAUAGCAA